AUUUCUCAUGCUUAACAUGACAAAAUAAAGAAUUAAUUCCAUAAUGUCUUCAAAAAAAAAAAUAAAGAGUUAAUUCCAUAAACUAUUGCAUACAAACACUUCUACAUAUAUUGCGGAAUAAUAAAAAAAAUCUCACACAAUCUUUGUGCAAUGGAGACUUAUCUUAAGCAUGAGUAAUUAUCAAUGUUCGUUGCAAAAUCCCGUCAUGUCGUGCUUUUUUCUUGUCACAUCUUAAAAAUUAAAUUAAAUUAAAUUAAAUUAAUCCGUGAUUAUAAAAAGAAAAGAAAAAUAAAAGGCAUAUAAAAACAUCUAUCUUAUGAACCACCACCACCAUGGUCUUGAUAUAUUCUCUCCACCAUCCUUUCUGAAACUCCAUCUGAAAUUCUGACAUCUCCCUUUCCACCCAAAUAUUCCAUCUUCAUCAUCUUCUUCUUUCUCUCUCCUCCAAUUUCUUCAUUCGAUUAUGAAAUUCUGGAAAAUCUUAAGCUCUUUAAUCCUUCAAACCUUACCCGAUUGGCGCGACAAAUUCCUGUCAUACAAAGAUCUCAAGAAACAAUUGAAGCUUAUUUACCCCAUUAAUGGCGAUCACGACGCUUCUAAACCCAGUAAGCGUCCUAAACUUAGCGUCGAAGAGGGAGAAAGCGAUGCCAUUCCCAAGGAGGUUAACAACUUCAUCCACCUUCUAGAAGCUGAAAUUGAUAAGUUUAAUUCCUUCGUUGUUGAGCAGGAAGAGGAGUAUGUUAUUCGUUGGAAGGAGCUGCAAGACAGGUUAGCAGAGGCCAGACACUCAAACGAGGAGUUGAUGAGAGUUGGUAGGGAAGUUGUAGAUUUUCAUGGAGAAAUGGUUCUGUUGGAAAAUUACAGUGCACUUAAUUAUACAGGUCUGGUGAAGAUACUUAAAAAAUAUGACAAGCGUAGUGGUAAUCUAAUACGCUUGCCGUUCAUCCAAAAGGUUUUGCAAGAGCCAUUCUACACAAACGACACCAUAUCCAAGCUUGUAAAAGAAUGUGAAGCCACUCUCGAUCGCCUUUUCUCACAAAAUGAAGCACAUGAAGCAUCCCAAGUAGCCAAUACAGGUGAAGCUUCUGAGUCAAAUUCUGGCAGCACAAAGAAAGAAAGGCUGCUUACUGCCGAUAAAGAGAUAUCAGAAAUUGAGCAUAUGGAGAAUAUGUACAUGAAGCUUACUCUCUCAGCCUUACGAGUUUUGAAAGAAAUCCGAGGUGGAAGCUCCACUGUGAAUGCAUUUUCGUUGCCCCCGUUAGAUAGUAGCACUUUGGAGGAAGAAACUUGGAAGAAAAUCCCUUUUGUAGAGCAAGCUGCCAAGUAGAGUGAGCAAGAAAAAUCCCUUUUAGGCUGACAUGCUGUCCGAUUUACAAGGCCUUUUUCCAAUUUCUGUGUGUUUUUUGUAGUUCUGAUUUGGUUCAAAACUGUCAUUGCUGUAAGUAAGAUCACUGUAUAAGCACCUUUCUUCGUGGAUAGAAUGAAGGAUGAUCUUUCAGCUUGUACGGGUCAUUUCACUGUUAGUUCGGGCAGGACUAAUGAGUAACAACUAAUGUUAAUUUGUUGGUGAUGUACAAAAAGGAUCUAAAGUUAGAUGGUAAUUGUGCAGUCUUUUUAUCAUUA